AUGGAGAGCAACACAGGAGAACCAGGGACUUCCUUGUCUUCUCAGUACGACUUUUCUUCGGAUUUUAGUGACAUUACUCUGGUCAAUGACAUCUCCUGCGAUGAGUUUACAAGGUAUCAGUCACAAUAUGAAGGGAUUACGUGUGAUGAAUCUUGCAGUGAUCUUCUCUACGUUGAGAAUUUAACACGCGAAGGAAUAGCACGACAUUUGUUAAGCCGUUAUAGAAACUCUAUUUACUUUACCUACUUUGGAAAUGUUCUGUUCUACGUGAAACCAGCAGAUUACGACCCUUUGAAGUAUGGACAUGCAAAGUUUUUGUACGAUAAACCUCUGGAGCCACAUGUAUUUUCCCUAUCAAGUGAAAUAUUAACGUCUCUAGCAAAUUUUAAACCAGGUCAAACAUCUAAUACAGAUGAACAUACCACCGGAAAUGACGUGGUUCACCAAGUACGUGAUUCAUUUGAAAAAUCGCAAGACAUACAAAAUAACAACUUCAAUCUCUUUUUCUAUGGAGAGGAUAAUUUUACUCAACUUCGUACAAUGCAACAGGUUUCAUUAUUUCUUUGUCGAUAUGCACAUGUACUUGGUUUAGAGCCCACUGCAUCAAUGGACAAAAAACUUUCCAAUGCACAGUUUUUACUUGGUAAUCUGGAUGAUUAUUUCUCUCUUACUGAUGUGGCUUAUAAUUAUAUGGUCACAUACAAGUUUGACUUUAACGAGCGUGGAUUGUUGUCAUCGAUAAGAAUGAUUCCAAAUCUCUCCACUGAUUUAUCUUGUUCUUGUGUUUCACACAGGUUUAGAGAUUAUUUAUCCGCAAACCUUAAAAGUGGAGAAAAUAUAAGAGUUCGUUAUCCUACAGUAUUUUAUGGAUUUAUUUACACAAUUUUAGAUGACGAUCAGGCUUACGCAUCUGAUUACGGGCUGAAUUCUUAUGAUGCAGCAAAACUAUUGGAAAUGAUCCCGAAGCAUGAAAUUCAAGAUACUAGUUGGCAUUUGGAGAAUUAUGAAAGAUUUAUUAAAACUCUAUUGACCAUUGGAAUGUCUAUUGAUGAGGUACAAAACACAGCUAAGACGUUAGUUGUUAUCAUGCUCUUUGAUAUAUUAUUGUUGGCAAAGACAUCCGCUACUGAUAUAAACGGGGACAAUCCCUUUGAUGAAAACCUUGUAAAGGACCUCGAUGGGACGAUCCUUUUUUGUGGUAGGGACUUGCUAGGAUUAAUUUUUGACAUUUUUGAGAUUAAUAUUCUAACUAAAUCCAGUUUGGGGAUGAAAUCGAGUGAUGUUCUCUUUAAGUUUGAGUUGCUUUCUCAAGAAAAUUCGUGGAUACUUGACAACUUAUCUACAGCAUUAUUUAUUAGAUUAAAACAUAUGAUAUAUACGAAAAUUAACAACUAUCUUGUUAUUGAGAAAACGUUAAACGUGGAAAAGUCAAUCUCUUUACAUUGUAAUGCCGGGUUUUCUCCUCAUUCUAAUUUUAUAAAAUUUGCUGAUGACCAACUGCCUCAGUUAUUUUCCGAAGAAAUAUUUAUAAGGAAGUUUGUAGAUGCUUUUUCUAAUAACACAGAUUUAUUCACGAAUAUACGAUUCAUCAAGAGGAACAAAAAUUUUUUGAGUACGGUUACAAAUUAUGACGGUCUGGUAGCAAAGGUAAUAUUAUCUUCAGUUAGCCAAAAUUCAUCACAUGACGGAGUUAUCCCAGAUGGAAAGGUAUCUCAUUCUUGGUCCGAUAUCAGUUAUGAUAUUCCAAAAAUUUUGGACCUUGAAUCUAGAUUGUAUUCCAUUUCACCAAUGUUGAUUAGAUUGUUUAAGCUAUCUGGACUUGAUUUUGUAAAAAGAUUGGCGUAUUCUAGCCAGUCAUUAUAUCCGGUCGUUGGAAACUGUUCUGCUGCACUUAGUUACUACAACUUUAUGAAUGAUUGUGCUUGCAAUCACGACACAUCAUAUUUUGUGAUAUGUUCUUCUAUGAGUCUCAUGGAAUCAUACAUAGGAAACGAAGACAUAGAAGAUGAGAAUUUUUUGAAUUAUAACCUGGGAUUUUUAAUGCAAACAUUUGCAAGAAGUAUUCCAAUAUUGGACAUGUGUAUUAUAAAACGUGAUUCCAGUGUUGUUUCUAUACUACUAUCAAACGCUGCAAAGUCAUAUAAACCUUUGGUGUAUAUGAUGACUAGUUUGCACAUGCAUCAAACUAUUUCUCUCAUGGAUGACUCUGAAUUGCUAAAAUUGUUGUUCAGGAUUUUAGAAAUUUCAGAUUCACUUUAUCAGAUUAGUGAUGGUAUGGUAGUAAUGAAAAAAUUCAUCUAUGUUCGUUUCAUAUCCUUUUAUAUGGAUUAUAUCGAGGGAAUUAUUGGCAGUGUAAAGACUAUUCAGAGAUUGUGGAGGAAACACAGUUCAACACUGAGAAAGAAUCUACGAGAAUCAAUAGUUAAGAUACAAUCUUAUGCACGUUCCAUGCUUUUUAAAAAAUUACGUCUCUCUGAAUCAUCAGUCUGUAACCUUUCUCUAGAUCUUGUUGGUCUAGUGGUUACUAUUUGCAGUUUACGUACAAGUUUAACUUCAAUAUCACAAAAGACACUGGAACUUUUAUAUUUAAUGGAAAAAGAAUACCAUGAAAAGGAGUAUAAUUAUAUUAAACAUGCAGCAGCCAUAUAUAUACAAUCGCAUUGGCGAGGUGCCAUACAACGAAAACGAUAUUCACUUGUAAAGAAUGAAAAACUCGAAGAAUUUGCCAUAAUAUUGAUUCAGUCUACAAUUAGAAGGCUACUCGCAACUGAUAGUAUAUUAAACGAAAAGGAUUUGCCAAGAGAAGCAGCUAUUAAGAUCCAAUCAGUUUUCAGAGGAUAUCUCGUACGUUCAAGAUUUGAAACUCUCAGAUACAUAAAAUUAUUGUUGCCAUCAAUUGUUAGGAAAGGUUCGAAACUUAAUAGCCUUCGAAACCAGAUUAAUUUCAUAAGGUUAUGUAAAGAGCAAGGUGCAGAAUCAUUGCAAAUGAGAAAGCUGAUACAUGUGCAAACAAAUUUACCUUCUGGAUUUGUCAAGGUUCAGAAUUUAGUUAGAAUGUGGUUUGUGAGAAAGCAAUACUUACACUUGAGAAAUUGUCUGGAAAAAGUUCAGGCAUUGGCCAUGACUAAAGUUGCAAGGGCUUCAUACUUGGAAAAGGUCGCAGCUGCAACAAAAAUACAAAGAUGGUGGCGUUGUAUUCCAAAAACAUAUUUUUCAUCCAUUUCAAUGAACGUGCUCUCUUACAUAAAAAUGAGGGAGAUAACUUCUGUUGGUUUGCUAUCUUCCACUUUGCAAGGCUGUAAUAUAUCAAUCUUUGAUCUUUCUCUUUUUCAGGAUAUUCGUCAAAUUUAUCCAAACACAUGGGCUAUGGCUCCACUUGGAUUUAUGAAAAAUAUGAAUAUAACACGAAAAUUAGCUCUUGAGACACAUUUAACAGAGAAUUAUUUCAUAAGAAAUGUUAUGUUUUCGAUAGGGGCCACGCAUAGUUUAAUGUUAGUAGCAUUUUCAGAUGGCACAUCGUCAGUGUUUUCUUGGGGAUGGAAUGACAAGGGACAGCUUGGAAGAAAAUGUUUGUAUCCGUUGGAAAAUGAUUCACAUGCCAUUGAUUCCUUGGAGUUUGAUAUAUCGGUUCCCACUGUUGAUUGCACAAUUUAUGAAAACCCGGUCAAUAAAGUUUAUAUAGCAUCAAUAGCGUGUGGGAAUGACUUUUCAGUAGCUUUAUCGCAACAAGGUACAAUUUUUACCUGGGGAGACAAUUAUUAUGGUCAAUGUGGACAUGGAAGCAAUUUUAUUCACAUAUUACAUCCAACUGCACUAUUGGAGAAUGGGACUAACAUUUUCGUUGCCAGUUAUCAUUCUAUAGUUUCAACAUCAUCUGGCGAGUAUUUAGUAUUUGGAAGGACAUUUAAUAAAAUAAUAUAUGUCCCUACCAACAUUAAAUUGCUUCUACCUGAUCUAAGGAACCAGACAAUCAAAAAGAUUAAGGUCUCCGGGGCCGUAUCACUUAUUUGCACAACAGAGCUUGAUUAUAUUUUAAAUGUAUACGGAAACUUGCACAAGUUCUCUCAAAUGUACAAUCUUGGGGGUACUAUUGUGGAUACCUGCACAAAUGGUAGGACUAUUUACGCUAUUGUAGAAUAUGCUAACAAAAGCGAGGAAAUAAAACUUUACGUUUGGGGAAGCGUUCGUUGUUUUUCUGGCAAAGAAAAGACUAUUUCUACAGACAAGAGUUUGAUUGUAAGUGCAUUUCGUGAGAAAUUUGAGAAUAAGGUCAAGAAGAAGACACAGAGAUCAUUGCUCCAGUUUACAAAGAAUAUUGGAAAAUCUUGUUUCUUGCAGGCCCCAACUGAGGUUUUAUUUGAUAAGUGUCCAAAGAAAGUGUUUUGCGAUAAUAAUCAAUUGGUUGUUACCACGGAAGAUGGGUUAGUAUUUGGAACACGAUUAUUCCAGCUUAUGGGCGAGGAUGCAGAUAGCAUAGAGACUGAUGAAUUUUCUAUCCGUUUAAAAUCAGAAACAUCAAGGAUUAAGUUGGUUCCAUCUUUGUAUCAAUUCACUAAUAUAAAGAAGAAGCACGCUGAUAUUCACUUUGCUUCAAAUAGCCUUUCACACUCCAUAGGCUACACAUUUUGA